UCCACCGCCUUCGAACCGGCCGUAUACUGGAACCAUCAGAAUCCCCCGCUUCUUGCUGUCCCGUUCCAGACUCCCUCUAACGCUGCCACUUGCUAUCACCACAACUGCCCACAAUGGCCGGCCCGACCGACUUCGGCGAGAGCAUCGAGACGGCCUUCGGGGCCGCCAUCGCCGCCGGCAAGAUCCGCGGCGCCGUCAUCUGCGCCACCGACGCCGCCGGCAACUUCGUCUACGACCGCGCCCUGGGUGAGCGCACCCUGCUGUCGGGCGAGAAGCGCCCGCAGCAGCUCGACGACAUACUGUACCUCGCCUCGGCCACCAAGCUGAUCACCACCGUCAUCGCGCUGCAGUGCGUCGAGGACGGCCUGCUGACCCUCGCCGGCGACCUGUCCGCGCUCGCGCCCGAGCUCGCCCGCAAACAGGUCCUCCCGCCCGAGGGAAGCGGCGCCAGCGAGCUGGAGCCCGCCGCGCGGCCCAUCACGCUCGAGAUGCUGCUCACGCACACGGCGGGCACCGCGUACGGCUUCCUCGUGCCGCGGCUGGCCGCGUGGCGCGAGGCGCACAAGGACGCGGCGGACGACGGCGCGGCCCGCGACCCGCUCGCCUUCCAGCCGGGCACCGGGUGGAUGUACGGGUCCGGGCUGGACUGGGCGGCGCUCGUGGUCGAGCGCGCGACCGGCACCACGGUGGACGAGCUCGUGCGCCGCCGCGUCUGCGCGCCGCUGGGCAUCGCCCCCGAGGACGCGCAGUUCUACCCCGUGCAGGGCGACGCCGCGCGCGCGCGCAUGGUCGAUCUCAACCCGGACGACCCGGAGGGGCUGGGGAGGGCGGUGAUUGGCGGCGCCGGGCUGGUCAAGAACAGCACCGGCCCGUUCGGCGGGCACGGGCUGUUCAUGACGGGCGCCGCCUACGUCAAGGUGCUGCGGUCGCUGCUGGCCAACGACGGGAAGCUGCUGCGGCCCGAGACGGUCGAGGACAUGUUCCGCGACCAUGUCGGCGCCGAGGCGGCGGCGAACUUCCGCGCGGCGAUGGAGGGACCCGGCAGCGAGUUCUUCCGCGUCGGCACGGCGCCCGGCAGCAGGGUGGGCUAUGGCCUCGGUGGGCUGCUGACGCUGGAGAACGUGGAGGGCUGGUACGGCGAGCGGACGCUGACCUGGGGCGGCGGCUUCACCUUUACGUGGUUCAUUGACCGCAAGAACGACCUGUGCGGCCUCGGCGCGGUGCAGGCCGCGCUGCCGCUGGAUUUCGACCUGGUGGCGGAGCUGAAGCAGACGUUCCGCUAUGACAUCUACCGCAAGCACGCCGCGUGGAAGAAGGAACGGCAGCAGGCGGCCUGAUAGAGGAGGUGGCAGUACGUUACCCAGAGCAGAGACGGGAAUAGAUACACUUGAGCCUUGAGAGUAGAAACGCAGCCAAGCAGCUCCAAAACGAUCAGCCGGACGAAGGAGGUCAAUGGCCCAUCAUGUCCGGGAGGGUGCUGGAUUGAUGUAGAU